UCCGAUAUCGUCCAUUCCACCAUGUCGGACGAGAAACACGACACUACUGAGCAGCGUGAGUACGCGCCGCCGGCUCCAAAAAUGACGGCUGGUCGCUACAUCGCCACGCGUAUUCCAACUCUCAAGCCUGCUCACGAUAAAGUCGCCAACCCGAUCGCCCUACUGCGCUUGCUGAAUCUGCAACAAUGGCUCUUCUUUCUAGUCGCGUUCUUCGCCUGGACCUGGGAUGCCUUUGACUUUUUCACCGUGUCUCUCACUGUCACGGAUCUUGCCGAAACAUUCGGAAAGACCAAGGCCGACAUCACUUGGGGUAUCACGCUGGUGCUCAUGUUGCGCAGUGUGGGUAGUAUCAUCUUUGGUCUGGCGGCCGAUCGCUAUGGCAGAAAAUGGCCUUUCAUCGUCAACAAUGUGCUCUUUAUCGUCCUCGAGCUUGGUACGGGAUUUUGCUCCACCUACAACGAGUUCCUGGGGGUGAGAGCUCUGUUCGGCAUUGCCAUGGGUGGAUUGUAUGGUAACGCUGCUGCGACUGCUCUUGAAGACUGUCCUGAACAAGCUCGUGGUAUCAUAUCCGGGAUGCUACAGCAAGGAUAUGCGUUCGGCUACUUGCUUGCCACUGUCUUUGCCCGCGCCUUCGUAGAUACCGUCGGUCACGAAUGGAGACCACUAUUCUGGUUUGGCGCUGGCCCGCCAGUCCUAAUCAUUAUCUUCCGACUUUGUCUCCCCGAGACGCAAGCCUAUCUCGAGCGCAAGCGAAUCCGCGAGGAACAACCUAACGCCGCCAAAGUGUUCGCCCAGGAAGGCAAGGUCGCACUGAAACGCCAUUGGCUUCUACUGAUUUAUCUUGUGUUGCUGAUGGCGGGCUUCAACUUUAUGUCUCAUGGAAGUCAGGACCUUUACCCGACAAUGCUGAGCAACCAAUACAACUUCUCAGCCAACAGGGUUACUGUCACACAAGUAGUCGCCAACCUCGGCGCCAUGACUGGUGGCACCGUCAUCGGAUAUAGUUCGUCUAUCUUCGGUCGUCGCAUCAGCAUAAUUGUCAUGUGUGUUAUCGGCGGCGCUCUGCUCUACCCCUACACAUUCACCUCUAGCAACGCUGUCAUUGCAGCAGCCUUCUUCCAACAGUUCUGUGUCCAAGGCGCUUGGGGUGUCAUUCCCAUCCACCUCAUGGAGCUGUCUCCGGGAUCAUUUCGAACGUUCGUUGUCGGUACAUCAUAUCAACUUGGUAACCUCGCGUCGUCUGCUUCAUCGACCAUCGAAGCGACGAUUGGCGAGAGAUUCCCACUUCCGCCCAAGGGCCAUACGAGCCGCUACAAGUAUGGUCUGGUGAUCUGCAUCUUCAUGGGCUGUGUGUAUGCAUACGUUAUCCUGCUGACGGCAUUGGGUCCGGAAUACAGAGGAAGGAACUUUGACGUCGCUGCUGAUGAAGAUAUGGCGGUUGUGACGGGGGCAGAUGAGGGCAACCUCACACCAAAUAUAUUGUGUUCAUCUUUCGCAAUCUAUGCAACACUUGGCUUCAUCCAGUACAUUUUCGUUUACCAUCAUCUCGCGCUCAACAUACGGGUCUUUCGUGAUGUUAACGGCUCCUUCAACUUUAUUGCCGUCAAAGUUCUUGCCAAGAUGAAAACAUCCGUCGUUCUACUCGCUGCCGCUUCUUUGGCCAGCGCUCACUACACGCUCCCAAGUGUCAACGGUGAUGCAGCCUGGUCUCAUGUCCGCCAAGCCAAGAAUUGGCAAGACAAUGGAUUCGUUGGUGAUGUGACUAGCAAUGACAUUCGCUGCAACCAGCUCAAGGCUGGCACAUCAACUCUCAGUGUUGCUGCGGGCUCGAAUGUUAAGGUCAGCGUCAACCCCAACGCGUACCACCCUGGACCUUUCCAGUCAUACCUCGCCAAGGUACCGGAGGGUCAGGACAUCAACACCUGGGACCCUACUGGCGCUGUUUGGUUCCGUAUCUACGCCGAACAACCCAAGUUCGGCUCUCAGUUGACCUGGCUGAGUGCUGCCAACUACGACAUCAAGAUCCCCCAAUGCAUUGCACCCGGAAAGUACUUGAUGCGCAACGAGCACAUCGCCAUUCAUACCGCUCAGAGCAGGGGUGGAGCGCAAUUCUACCUUUCUUGCGCACAACUUGAGGUUACUGGUGGUGGCAGCAAGGCACCCUCGAAUCUCGUCGCCUUUCCUGGCGCGUACAAGGCUACCGAUCCGGGUAUCUUGAUCAACAUCAACUACCCGAUUCCCACUAGCUACACCAACCCUGGUCCCCCUACGUUCACUUGCUAG